UGAACAGGCGUUACGCCAGAAACCCUAACCCGAGUGGGCCUUCUUCGUUGUAGGCGCUCGAACGAGCCACAAAAACACAAUUUCGAUUGUUUAUUUUUUCCUGGUUUGUUUACGUUUGUCUUUUUUUUGUGCCAACGGGGGGGAAUAACAUGGCUUCCACCACCUUGCUCUCGCCUAUGGUGGAUUACUACAACGACGAAGAGGAACUCGACAGCGUGGACGACGACGACGACCGCAGCUUCAGAGGCAGAGACUCGGAAGAAGACACAGAAGACGCUAGUGAAACAGACCUCGCCAAGCACGAUGAGGACGACUAUGUGGAGAUCAAGGAACAAAUGUACCAGGACAAGCUGGCCUCCUUAAAAAGACAACUGCAGCAAUUACAAGAAGGCACACUGCAGGAGUAUCAGAAGAGGAUGAAGAAGUUAGACCAGCAGUAUAAAGAGAGACUCCGCAAUGCAGAUCUCUUUCUCAAGCUUGAGACGGAUCAAGUGGAGAGAAACUACAACAAGGAGAAGAAGGCGGCAGUGAAGGAGUUUGACGACAAGAAGGUGGAACUGAAGGAAAACCUCAUCGCCGAGCUGGAGGAGAAGAAAAAGAUGAUCGAAAAUGAAAAGCUAACCAUGGAGCUAACCGGCGAUUCCAUGGAGGUGAAACCCAUCAUGACACGGAAGCUGAGGCGGCGACCCAACGACCCGGUGCCCAUUCCUGACAAACGAAGAAAGCCUGCACCUGCGCAGUUAAACUACCUUCUCACGGACGAUCAGAUCAUGGAAGACCUAAGAACGUUAAAUAAGCUCAAGUCACCAAAGCGACCAGGUGUGUCGGCGCUCACGCCAACGUCAUUGAUUGCUCAAACUUCUUCAGUGUCCCCUUCGUCGCCGGACCACAUCCCCUCCGCGCCCAUGGAGUACCCGUCCCAGCGCUUCGAGGCCCGCAUCGAGGAGGGCCGUCUGUACUACGACAAAAGAUGGUACCACAAGAGCCAGGCCAUCUACCUGGAGUCCAAAGACAACACCAAGAUCAGCUGUGUCAUCAGCUCAGUGGGCACCAACGAGGGAAAUCAUAAUACUGGUACUGAAAAACAGACACCCCCCAAGGAUCCCUCGAAGAAAAAAAAAAAUCAAUUAUAAUAGUACUUUAAAAACAAAAAAAAGAAACAAAAAAAAUGUUAUUUUUGUUAAUCUUAUUUUAAUCUUAUUUUUCUUGUUAUUCUUCUUUACUUUUCCUGUUUUUCCUCUUUGUUUGUUCUUCUACUUCUUUUUUUGUUCUUCUUUUUUCUUGUUCUUUCUCUUCUUGUUCAUUCCUAUUUUGUUUUUCUUCUUGAUCUUGUUUUUUGUUCUUGUUUAUAAUUUUCUUGUGUUCUUGCUGUUUUUGUCGCACUUUUUUUCUGUUUCUUAUUGUUCUUAAUGUUCUAAAACUUCUUGUACCUGU